AUGGAUGUGAGCCAGAGCUUGCGGGAGGAGCUGACCUGUGCCGUCUGCCUGGGCUAUUUCACCGAGCCGGUGACCAUCGACUGCGGACACAGUUUCUGUCGGAGCUGCCUGGACGGCACCUGGGGGCAGUUGAGGAACUCUCCCCUCACUUGCCCCGAGUGUCGCAGGCCUGUCGAGCCCCGGGAUUUCCAGCCCAACGUGCGGCUGGGGAAGCUGGCUGCCAUCGCCCGCAAGGCCGGGCCUCGCUCGCUGCUAGGCCGCAGCAGGCCGGGGGACGAGGACCGGGACCCGGAGGAAGGGUGGAGGGGACUAUGUGAGAAACACCAGCAGGCCCUGAAGCUGUUCUGCCAGGAGGACGAGGAACCGUUGUGCGUGGCCUGCCUGGGGGAAGGCCAGCACGGCCCUCACUCCGUCAGCCCCCUCCAAGAAGCCGUGGAAGAUUGCAAGGAGAAGGUGCAACACCACAACUUGACCAUCCAGAUGGAAUUUGGGAAGAUGAGAAACUUCUUAGCCGAGGAGGAGAUGCGGCAACUUCGUAGACUGGCGUUGGAGGAGAAGGAGAUUCUGCAGAGGUUGGCAGAGAAUAAGACACAAGUAUCUCAGCAGAGCUACAGCCUGAGGAAGAUGAUCGGAGAACUGGAGGAGAAAUGCGAGAAACCGGAUCUGGAGCUGCUGCAGGACGUGAAUACAGUUCUGAACAGGUCUGAGCCCAAGGAACUGCAAGUACCCCAAGACGUGUCCGUGGAGCUGAGGAGCGUGUGCUACGUGUUCGGGAUGAGGGAGAUGCUAUGUAGAUUCCAAGUGCCCAUGACGUUGGAUGAAAACACGGCCCACCCGUGUCUGGUGCUGUCGGAUGACCUGCAGAGUGUGAGCUACAGUCCUCAACGGCGGGAUCUCCCGGAGAACCCCGAACGAUUCGACCGUAGUCCGUUCGUCCUGGGCUCUCAGCGCUUCACCUCCGGGAAAUACUUCUGGGAAGUGAAGACCGAACACAACCCCGAGUACAUCCUUGGAGUCUGCGAAGAGACGAGGGGCCGCAAGGGAAGCCUCGAGCUGUCUCCUCUACACGGAUUUUGGGCGGUGGCAUUGAAGGAUGGAUUUUUUAAUUCUUCCAAUACUCGUUUCUUCCUGAGGAGUUCCCCCCAAAUUGUGGGAAUUUACCUGGAUUAUCACGCCAACGCUGUGUCCUUUUAUAAUAUGACCAACAGAUCCCAUUUAUAUACCUUUCGAGGAGGUAAGAACCUGAGUUGGGAACCCCUGGUAGAGACCCCCUGA